AGGACCAGGACCGCUCUGCCACGAAGGCUUAGUACGAGCAACAAAACAUGGCUGGCCUCUAUUAUGUUCAAGUAUAGAUCUGCUUUGCGUCCGCUCGUAACAUGCCGGGUUCGUGAUGUCGGGCCCCGAACGUGUCAUUCCUCGAGGGCAAAACAUUAUAUAAGAAUAUUUCGAUGCUAA